GAAAAAAAGAAGACUUGUAUUGGUAUUUUUAUAUUGCCAAUACCACGUAAUAAAGGCUACUUUUACGAGUCAUGGCUAUUUAAACGUCGAGGAAGCAGCAGUGCAUUAUGCAUGUGACGUAGCAGCUUGCAGCCAUGAAGGGAAUGAUUUUCCAGCUCAGCCGCAACCUGAGCCGCGCCGCCCCCGUGCUGAGUCGCGGCCUCCACUCGGGCACACGUCCCGCCUCCACUGCCGCAACCAAACUGAUGUCCGACCGCUCCCUGACCUCGGACGAAAUCUACGCCCGCGAGGACAAGUACGGGGCGCACAACUACCACCCGUUGCCCGUGGCCUUGGAGCGGGGGGAGGGCAUCUACUUGUGGGACGUGGAAGGCAGCCGGUAUUACGACUUCCUGAGUGCUUACAGUGCAGUGAACCAGGGCCAUUGCCACCCAAAGAUCGUCGCCGCGCUCAGCGCCCAGGCCUCCAAACUCUCCCUGACUUCCAGAGCGUUCUACAACAAUGUGCUGGGAGUCUACGAGGAGUACAUCACUGGCUUGUUUGGCUACGACAAAGUCUUACCCAUGAAUACAGGUGUUGAAGCUUGUGAGACGGCCUGUAAGCUCGCCCGCAAGUGGGCUUACAACGUGAAGGGGGUUCCCAAAAAUCAGGCCAAAAUCAUUUUUGCAGAUGGAAACUUCUGGGGUCGCACCAUGGCGGCCAUCUCCAGCUCAACUGACCCUAGUAGUUACGAGGGUUUCGGCCCCUUCAUGCCGGGCUUUGAGAUUGUCCCAUACAACGACAUCCCUUCACUGGAGAAAGCGUUUCAAGACCCCAAUGUUGCUGCUUUCAUGGUGGAGCCCAUCCAGGGGGAGGCCGGGGUGGUGGUGCCAGACCAGGGCUACCUCACCAAAGUCAGAGAACUUUGCACCAAAUACAACGUGUUGUGGAUUGAUGAUGAGGUGCAGACCGGCUUGGCAAGGACCGGCCGGCGCCUGGCUGUGGACCACGAGGAAGUCCGUCCAGAUAUCGUGGUUCUGGGCAAAGCUCUUUCUGGAGGCGUUUACCCUGUGUCUGCCGUGCUGUGUGAUGAUGAGAUAAUGUUGACCAUCAAGCCUGGAGAACACGGGUCCACAUAUGGCGGUAACCCCAUUGCCUGUCAGGUCGCAGUCGCUGCACUAAAAGUGCUUGAGGAGGAGAAGCUGGCAGAGAACGCUCAGAGGAUGGGAGUGUUGCUGCGGAGCGAGCUGAGCAAACUGCCCAAAGACAUUGUGACUACUGUCAGAGGGAAAGGCCUCCUCAACGCCGUUGUCAUUAAAGAGUCUAAAGACUACAACGCCUGGAAGGUGUGCUUGCGCCUGCGUGACAGCGGACUGCUGGCCAAGCCCACCCACGGGGACAUCAUCCGCCUGGCCCCUCCCCUCACCAUCAAAGAGCAUGAGCUGCACGACUGCAUCGAUAUCAUCCAGAGAACCAUCUUGUCCUUCUAAUCUCGACCAACUGUUCAACAAUACCCCUUAACCUUCCACCUGAUAAUCAUAAUGAACAGGUUGCGUGAAACAUGUAUUUGUUUUUAAAUGAAGAAGUGGUGUGCUUCUAUCGGGCUCUGUGGACACCUAUGUGAAGAAAAGGUUUCCAUAGACUGCAACUUGAGCAAAAAAAACGUGUUCAAUAUUUAAUUGAGGAAACCAGAGUUCAAACCAGUAAUUGAUUCAAUAAUUAUGCAUUACCCAAAACAGCCCAUUGAAUAAAGAAUAGCAAUCUCAUAUUCCAUGAUGAAUAAUUCUACAUAUUAUUGAGCUGUUUGUUCUUAGAGGAUGUCUGUGCGACGUUGCCCACGCAGCGCAUUAAAAGAUCAAUAAACAAGCGGGCUCAACAAAGCCAAGUAUUUUCCUUUGUUGACAUCAGCCACAGUCUAUUUAUUCAUUCAUAAAGAGUUCAUUUUUAUGGACUACUACUCCAAUUUUCUUAAUUGGAUUAUUGUUCUCUUGUAGCAAUUAUUUUUUCAAUAAACCCGUAUCCUUGAA